ACAAUUUCUUCGGCAAGGGCAAUACAAAUUAAAUGUUGAGACCAUUCAUAUGGUGAAAAUUCAACACAAUAAAUUUGUUUAGAAAAUUGUAAUUGAAACGUAGGCGGUGUAGUCAAAGCUUCAUCCAUCCUGUAUUCGUAUUCUCGCUCCCAAUAUAGUUAUAUUCGUAUUAAAAUUGACAAAAGAUCGCCGGCAUAACCUUCAAAAUUUCACGAAGAAAGUAGACUCUUCAAAUUUAAAAAUACAAAUUUUAAGAAAUUUUAAGUGAACAGUAAAUGAUAAUUAGUAGUAUCUACUUUAAUGUAUCAAUUUAUUUAUAAUACGAUUAUUUUGUGUGUCAUUAUGUUACAAUUGCGAUUGUAAUGUUGUAUAAACAUAAAAAAACAUGCGAGUUUUCCAAGGUGAGGUUAGGUUGAAUUCAAAUCAUCUAGAGGGCAGUAGGUAUUUUACGUAUGGUAUAUGUAAUCGUUCAACGUGCCGCGUAUCUCUCGGAAACGAAUUUAUUUUGCUAAGUACAAGAUCAGGGUUCGUGCACGCCGCGAAUUUUUGACUCCUGGAGCAACAACCAGAUAUGAAUUGACAGACCGUAUUGGCACAAAUCUUGCCAAACUAUAUCUUCGAUCCGUCUCGAUCCACGAUCGCGUUACAAGCGUAAUAGAUAGGGAUGGAGUUCGGAGUGGGCGAUGUUGCCCAAAUAUCAGCAGAACUUGCUCAAGUAGUUGAAGUAAUGAUGUCUCCAAAUGUGCCGCAACAGCAACGUUUGGAAGUAUAUAAUGCUUGUGAACGAUUUAAAGAAUCUUCUCCUUUAUGUGCACAAUGUGGAUUAUAUCUAGCACAGAAAUCACCAAAUAGAAGUUCUGUAGUUCGUCAUUUUGGAUUACAACUUAUGGAGCAUUGUAUUAAAUAUCGGUGGACUCAGAUAUCGCAAUCAGAAAAGAUAUUUAUAAAGGAAAAUGCAAUGAAACUGCUUCAAGAAGGUACAGAACCAUUGUUGCAAGAAGAAGCUCACAUUAAAGAUGCAUUAUCUCGAGUUGUGGUAGAAAUGAUAAAACGAGAAUGGCCACAACAAUGGCCUACACUUCUUGCUGAACUUAGUCAAGCUUGUACAAGGGGUGAAAGUCAAACUGAAUUAGUUCUUCUUGUGUUUCUAAGGCUUGUGGAAGAUGUUGCACUUCUGCAAACAUUAGAAUCCAAUCAAAGGAGAAAGGAUAUAUAUCAAGCACUUAACACGAAUAUGGCUGAGAUUUUCAGCUUUUUUUUGAGAUUGAUGGAACAACAUUUUUCAGAAUUUCAAAAGAAAAAUAGCUUAGGGUGCACGUCUGAAGCAGCAACACAUAGUAAAGUUGUACAGGUAGUAUUGUCUACACUGACUGGAUUUGUAGAAUGGGUUUCUAUUAAUCAUGUCAUGGCGGAAGAUGGUAGAUUAUUGCAAAUAUUAUGUCUUCUACUGGGAGAUCCAAUAUUUCAGUGUUCAGCAGGUGAAUGCCUGUUACAAAUUGUAAAUCGCAAGGGGAAAGCUGAAGAUAGGAAACAGUUAAUGAUACUAUUUUCCGAAGAUGCUCUAAGGUAUAUUUAUGCAGCAGCAACUGCCGCACCACCUGUUACUGGGUCAAAUGAAUUUAUCAAUUCUUCAAAUAACCAUUACCUGUUUUUAAAAAAACUGACACAGGUAUUAACUGGAAUGGCAACUCAACUCUGUACACUUUGGGGUAAAGAUGAUGGUUCUAGUAUUAGACCAACACACUUCAACAUAUUUUUGGACACAGUAAUGACUUUUACCAUGUCUUCAAGUUUAACACUGAUACACAUGGCAAAUGCAAUCUGGAUAAUGUUAUUUAAACAUGAACAAAUAAAACAGGAUCCACUGUUGUUAACUUACAUACCAAAAUAUGUAGAAAGCACAGCUCCGAAAUUAAUAAAAGUUGCGUAUCCAAGCGGUAGACAAAGUAAUGGAAUGAGCACUUAUUGUCUUGCCGAUUACGAUUCAGAAGAAGAAUUCAAUGUAUUUCUUCAUAGAUUCAGAACAGAUUUAUUGGAAGGAUUUCGGCAGGCAACAAUGGUAGCACCAUUAGUAACAUUUACUUAUGUACAACAAUGGCUAACGGCUAAGAUAACAAAAGGAAUGGCAGAUCUUGGAUACAAAAGUGAUCUGAAUGAUCCACAAUAUCAAGAGUGGGAAGCUCUUGCACAAGCUUUGGAUUCUGUUGUAUCCAGAAUUUUAUUGAUUAAUGAACGACCAAGUGUACAAACUGGCUUACAACUGUUAGAAUUAUGUCUCGGUUAUUCUCCCCAAGAUCCUUGGUUAUUGUCAGCUUUGCUGUCUUGCAUUAGCGCUCUAUUCGUUUUUCUGUCCAUGUCAACUGGUUCAAUGGCUAUGCCAGGAGUAGCUAUUCUACCAAGAGUGCUGGAAAAGAUUUUUGCUGCUUUGGUAUUCGAAGCACCUGGAGAAACGAAGGGUACUCGAUCCAGGGCAGCUAAAAAUGUAAGACGUCACGCAGCUAGUCUCAUGGUCAAGAUUAGUUUGAAAUAUCCAUUAUUACUUCUGCCAGUUUUUGAUCAGAUACAUACAAUGGUUCGUGGAUUAGCGAGAGAACCCAGUUCUUUAUCCAAAAUGGAGACUAUCACUUUAUACGCUGCACUGUUAUUGAUAUCAAAUCACUUCUGCGAUUAUGAAAGACAAACUAGAUUUGUUGCUGAAGUAAUUGGUGAAGGAUCAACAAAAUUUAUUGCUCUUGGAUCUGAAGCAUUUAAGGGCCCAUUAGAACUAAUGAGAUUCAUAGGAUUGGACAGACCUCCAGUUGAAAAUAUGUCAGAAGAUCCAGCUGGUCAAAAUCGAAGUGACUUGAUGAUUUGCAUAGGUGCUAUAUUGAGUGUUGUGAAGCGGUGUUCCAUUCCAGAUGAUCCAGACCGUGCUGCAAGAGGUAGCUUUGUUGCUGCACUCAGCGAAAGCGGAAAUCCAGUAUACAGGAAUCCUGCCACACCUCAUGUAAUUCCACUUCUGCCUACACUUUUUGCAUUACUCAGGGUAAUGAAUGCGCUGUUCACUCCUACGGCAUUAGCAGCUUUAUCAGAGGGAUACAAAAAUGCUCAUGAACUACUGGAAUCCGAAAAAGCAAAUUUAUUAGGUUUAAAUGUAACAAAUGAUAAUGCUUCUGAACCUGAUCAAUCUUCGAGUAAUGCUUUAGUCCGAAUGCAAUCAUUUCUCAGUACUGUUCAUGAUCAAUGCUACCACAUGUUAGGUAGUGGAUGCCAUAUGAUUGGAAGAGACUUUUAUCAAUUACCUGGUUUGGCACCAGCGCUUAUUAAUUCAGUUUUCUCUAAUAUGGAGAUGAUUCCAGACUAUAGAUUACGACCUAUCAUACGUGUCUUCAUGAAACCAUUUAUAUAUUCCUGCCCUCCUGCAUUUUAUGAAAGUGUUCUUGUACCCGUACUAGCUCAUGUUUCUACACAUAUGUGCCAAAGACUAAGUGCCAAAUGGCAGUAUAUUGCACAUCUUUACGAAUCUGGUGGUUUAGAUGAAGAAAAUACUGACACACAAGAAGUUAUUGCUGACAUGUUAAAUCGACAUUUAACGAGAGACUUUGUAGAUGUACUCAAAGUAGCCCUCGUUGGAGGUGCUGCUAGUGAUGCGACGCCUCCUGACACAAUGGAACACGAAAUGGGAGGAAUGGCAAUAGACCCUCCUUCAUCGCGUGGUAACAGCAUAGUCGCUGAAGUGGUCAGUGAAUUGGGUACCUUCGUUCUCCGACAUCCAUCUACAUGUCACAGUGUUGUCUUAUGCGUAUUAGGGGCUUUGACUUGGAAUGAUUCAAAUGCCAGUUUGAAAGCCACAAUGCUAACUGGGCCAGUAGUACGAGCGUUAGCGGCUGAUGGUAGUCUAACACCUGCUAUGGCUGCUCAUAUUAUGGUAGCUAUCCUCCAAGGUUUACAGCUUCAUGGACAACACGAAGCUAACCAGGGUUCCCUCGUAACUUUGGGUACACAAGUUUAUGAAUGUUUACGACCUAAAUUCCCCAAUAUUAUUGAAGUAAUGCAAAAGAUUCCGGGUAUCAAUCCUACCGAUUUACAACGUUUCGACGAAAAGAUGGCCGUAGUUAGUACUAAAGGAAAUAAAGUUGAAAAAGGAAAGAAGGAUCUUUUUAGGAAGAUUACAAACCAGCUCAUUGGUCGAAGUGUUGGUCAGUUAUUCCGUAAAGAAGUAAAAAUAGAUAAUUUACCACGAAUAGAAGUUUUUGGAAAAUCGCAACAAAUACGUGUGGACGAUAUAUCAAAUAAUUCGACUGACAGUGGUAUCGCCGCUUUAUUUGCAGGACCUACGUAGCAGAAACUACAUUUAGAUGGCCAUAUCACAAACAUUUGGUCUCAAUUGAUAAAUAACAAUAAGUCAUCGUGAAAACGACUUCCUACAGAAAAAAGAUUGAACUAUAAAUAAGGAAAUUCUCUACCGAAAAUAAGAUGUUAUAGAAUAAGUUUCCUUCGAGCAAUUUUUUUUAAUUAUUCGUGAGGUUGAACGUGUGCAUACAGUCUGGAUUAGCUCGAUGACACGUACGCAAAUUUUAUAAUGUAUGUGUCACAGAUAUAAAAUAAAACUGAUAAGAUUACGCUUACACACGCAUUCAACUUCAUUUGUGAAUAGUUUGUAAAAAAAUCCAAUGCUAUUUAUGAGAACCAUCUUAUUUUUGGUUUAGGAUUUUAACAUAAGCAAGAAACAUUUUGUUCGAUGAGUAUCCAGGAUGCGAGUGCGCGAGAAUGUGUGUGUAUGAAUGGUGUGCAUGGUGUGCAUGGUGUGUAGAAGUACGAAUUUGUAACAUAAGAAAGACGUUCGUCGUUAAAGAACAAUAUGCAACACAUCUGAUAUGACAAAUUUAUACAAAAAAAAGUUUAAUAAUUGGGCAAUUACAUAUUAAGUUGCACGCAUUUAUUUUAUUCUUUUUCAUUCGCAUAAAAUUUCUUAUAACAAUGUAAAACAGCAGCAUGAUUUUAAACAAUCACACAAUCUGUAGAACAGUUUUGUAAACAAUAUUUCGCUAUAAUAUAAUACAGAGGUUGUUGAUUUAUAUAAAACAAUUUUUACAAUUUGGUAUAAAAAUUUAUAUGCAAAUCAUUUAUAAUUGUUCUCGAACAAGUAAAAUGUGUACAUUUUUUGGCACUUUUUAAAAGCGCUGUUAUAAUAUAAUAUCUCAAAUCAA